AUGAGGCGAUCUUCCCGGCCUGGAGCUCGAUCAGUGCUAGCGUUUAGUGAUUGCCCAGUGUCACAGCCCCAGGCAGCUCACAGCCCCCUGGAGAAGCCGCCCAGCACAGCAAUCCUGUGCCACACGUGUGGAAAUGUGUGCAAGGGGGAAGUGCUGCGGGUGCAGAACAAGUACUUCCACAUCAAGUGCUUCGUGUGCAAAGCAUGCGGCUGUGACCUGGCAGAGGGCGGCUUCUUCGUGCGGCAGGGCGAGUACAUCUGCACGCUGGACUACCAGCGGCUCUACGGUACCCGCUGCUUCAGCUGCGACCAGUUCAUCGAGGGCGAGGUGGUGUCGGCGCUGGGCAAGACCUACCACCCCGACUGCUUCGUGUGCGCCGUCUGCAGGUGAGCGGCCCCCACACUGUCCCCUUGUCCAUUCACCAGCCCCUCCCUCCUGCCUCUCGCCUUCCCAG